AUGAAUUACAUUAUCAACCCAUUUACUAAUCGAAGUAUUAGAGUUGGUGGUCCCAAGUAUAUGGAACAUAUUAAAGCUGGUCCAGAGGAUGACAAGGAGAGUGAUGUAGAAGAGAGUGAAGAAGAGAGUACUUGUGAAGUUGAUCGUAAUACUGUGGAACAAUAUGGAAAUGAUUUAUUUGAGAUUGGUGUUGUUAUCUAUGAUCAGAACAUGUUAUAUAAAGAAAAGCAACAACAGUUACAAACAGAACAAAAUAAAUUACAUGAUACACAGGAGUACCUUGCUUGUGAUUGCAAUCUUGCAAAGCUUUGCAAGAUUGUGCCUCAAUUUCCACUAAAUCAACAAAUAGCUCCCGUUCUUUGUAUAUUUGUUCGGAUUGUUUUGAAGCUAAUGGAAGCCAUUUCCGUAAAAGAAUGGGGAAGGGUUAUAAGAGAAAAAAUAUAUGAAUUUGAUGUUAAAGAUAAUCAUCUUAAAGUUGCAUGUGAUAUGACAAUAAUAUAUUGA